AUGGGCUUCCAGACAUCCCUAGUAGCUGGGUCAUACAACGCCAUCAUCAUCUCGUCAACCCAGCCCAUUGACCCGAUCAUAAUCACCCCUCUAAACGGCACAUACUACCCAAACGGCAACUUUGCAACAACGGGAAGUGCCAAAGCCAUCUCCUGUGGCUCUGGAUACUGUCAACCCGUUGGGUCUAAGAUAGGGAACAUUAGCCCGAAUAGUACAGCUCGGGCUGUAAUCCCCGCUACAGCCGGAAAAAAGUAUCUGGCAAUUGACUACAUCAAUAAUGAUGUUGCCUUUGGCUCGGCAUGGGAUUGGGGAUCGAACACCAGGCACUUGACCGUGAAUAUCAAAGGUGGAGAAAACCAUGAGUUGUUUGGGCCUGGACUAGGAUGGUGGGAUACAGCGGCUAUUGGCGUGCUUACGAAUGGUUGGAAGGACGGGGAUAAAGAGGUUGUCAUUGGGAAUGGGGGUGGUGAGAGUGGGUUUCAGUCAUAUGGGCCUGAUUUUGUUGGCUUGAGGGUGCUGUAG